AGCCAAUCAGUCGAGAGCAAGAGAUUGGAUAAGGCGAUUUUUGAGCCCCUACGCAUUGCCGCAAGUUACCGCACCCAAGCCGGAUUCCUAUGAACACUAUCACAGGAUCAUCACGUCCGAUUGCGCAUGAAAUCAACCACCCAAUUACUGGGAAUUCAUCCAAAUUCUUUGUUAAUUUUAUAGUUUAUACAUAAUAGAUGACUUCAAUUUCUUCGUCGACACCUUUGCAACUUCAAUUCGUCAGCAGAACUCGUCUCUCUCGCAGUUCACUUCAACCGCCGUCAUCUCUCACCGUUCACCAGCGGAGCCACUCUGUGUUUCGUCGAUGCGCGAUUGCAGUCAAGACCAGCUCCGGAGGUUGUGCUGGCAACGCGCAGGAUGCUCACAGCUCGGAGCUUCUAAGGAAACCGGUUGCUACUUCGGUGGAGUCUGCCGGAGAGGGAGAGUCAACGGAGGAUGGGUGUUACGGUGAAAGUGAGGAUAUUGGUAAAGAGGAGUGGGUGGAUUGGGAGAACAAGAUUUUGGAGGAAACUGUCCCGCUUGUAGGGGUUGCUCGGAUGCUUCUUCAUUCUGGAAGAUAUGAAGUUGGUGAUAGGCUAAGCUUUGAGCAUGAAAAAAUUUUGUUGGAAAGGUUUCUUCCAUAUCAUCCAGAGUAUGAAAAGAAGAUUGGCUGUGGUGUCAACUAUAUUACGAUAGGAUACCACCCCAUUUAUGGAAAAUCGCGAUGUCUAUUCUUAGUGCGCGAAGAUGGAGAGUAUGUAGAUUUCUCAUACUGGAAGUGCAUAAAGGGUUUGAUCAGGAAGAAGUAUCCACAUUAUGCUGAAACCUUUAUUCUCAAUCAUUUUGAUAGGAGUAAGCGUUAGUAAAGGUUUAUAUUUGGACUUGUGGCUAUCCCACUUUUAUCAAUUUACAGAAAGAAAUUCUUGGACCUAUUGAUUUGAGCAACCAACAUUUAAAGGACAAUGAUGUAAAAUGUUGUAUCUAAUACCGCUUGUAGUAAAAGUUAGAGAGAAUUCCCUAAAUAGGAGUAAAAAAGUUUUGAAAUUCCAAAAUAAGAGUAUCAUGUUUUUUAUUCCCUAAAUAGGAGUAAAUUUCUGCCAAACAUGGCAUUACUAGGCUUUAAACAUGGCAUUUUCUUCCAAACUUGGCAGAUCACUCCUGUUCAGGGAAUAAAAAACAUGAUACUCCUAUUUUGGAAUUUCAAAACAUUUUUGCUCCUAUUUAGGGCAAUUUCUAUAAAAGUUGUUCGUAUUUACGCUCCGCAAAUAUGAUAAUGUGGUAUGUUGCUAAACAGUUAUGCUAUAUUCUUGAUGUGAGAAAUAAUGAGAGGCUUACCAAAAUAAGGCUAUUAGCCCUAUAUAUUACUCUCUUUUUGUGGUCACCGUCAAAUCUUUUCAUGCCAAUUACAUUGCCACCGCCACAGUGACACCGUCAUAGUGAUACCGUCACAGUGACAUCCACAACCUCCUGCCAUUGAUUACCGCCGCCGGUCGUAGACCGUCGUCGGUCACAGUGACACCGUCAUAGUGACGUCACCAUCACACAGUGACGUCACUUUCGCCAGAUCCACUGAACUCCACCUUGCCUCUUCCGGUUACUUCCACCACUGCCAUUUGACCACAAUGGUUGCUGCCGGACCUUUCGGCAACUCCCACCGCACAACCAAUGCCCUCCCCAGCCCCCCUCACAAACCCUAGCCCAGCCCUGAUGCAAUCCCUUGUCCCAACCUGACCACCAACCUACCAACCCUUUUCAUAGUCCAUCUCACCUUCCUGGACACGCCUUCUUCCCAGCCCCUUCCCCAUUUGCUCUAACCCCGUCUCCCUAAGCCAAAAAUUUCAGAUCUGUGAAGAAAAAAAUCAGAUAUGCGGUGGAUUUGUUCAGCCCCAAGAUAGAUUUGUUCGGUCCCAAGGUAGUCGACAGAUUUGACCCAGCCACGAAACUCAUCGUCGACCACUAGAUUUUCUCAUGUCGCAUUGAUGAAGCUCGAAGAUGGAGUUUCUCAGCGAAGCUCGUCGCCGUUAUCGCCAAAUUAGAAGUUCGUCGGCGAAUCUGUGCACAAGCUUACUGCUAGUUUUGAUUCAGCGAGAGAAGGAAAAGAAUGCUUCGUCAGUGCGUUGCUCAACGCUCGUUGUGGCGGCAGAGGUGUUGUGUGUUGGAUGGAGGUUGGAUGGCUUGGAGCAGGGAAGAAGAUGGAAGAUCUGUAGAUUUGUGCGAGGGAGGCGGAUGGCGCAGACAUGCGAGCUGCGUAGAUCUGGAUUGGGGGAGAAGCAUCGGUCACUUUUUUUGUAAACUUUAAAAGAAGUCAUAUGUAUGUCUAUUAAAACCUUAUAGGUUAUAUUUGUGCCAUGGUUUCUGAUAUAUAUCAUUUUAUUAAACUCAAUUUAGAUUAAUAUUUUUCUUAUAUUUUCUAGUAUGAUUAGACUCUAAAUUUGAAGCUAAACUCUUUUAUAUUUUUUUUUCUAUCUUGAAACUUGUAAACUGUUACGGAUGUAAGUUAUUUUCAUAAACUUCUGUUCUUGAGUAUUAACUCGUC